UCUAGCUUUGUGUGAGCUUUGAGCAUUCUUGUUUUAAGUCUAAUUGAUAUAGGCCCUUUUCUAAAUCAGGAUGUACCAAUCGGAGUUGAAAAUCAAACAUAAGGUUAUUAUUGUGGGAUCUGGUCCAGCUGCCUUAACUGCCGCCAUAUACGCGGCGAGGGCUGAUCUUUUCCCUCUCGUUGCAGCUGGUGAGACGGACGACCGCAACAUGCCAGGAGGCCAACUUAUGCUCACGACUGAGGUCGAAAAUUUUCCCGGUUUUCCAGAUGGCAUUCAGGGCCCUGAUCUGAUAGAAAAUAUGAUCAAGCAAGCUAAAAAGUUCGGAGCCCUAAUUAUUGAAAGAUGGGCCACGGAGUUUUUGAUUAAGGAAAAUGAGCCUUUUAAGGUUAAGGUCGGCGACGUUUGGUACGACACUCAUUCUAUAAUUCUCGCCAACGGCUCGUCUGCCAGGUGGCUAGGAUUGCCCGACGAAAACAAAUUUCGAAAUCACGGUCUUUCCGCAUGCGCGACCUGCGACGGUCCUUUGCCUUUCUAUCGAAACAAGCAUCUGUACGUUGUGGGCGGCGGAGACUCUGCGGUGGAGGAGGCCACGUUCUUGGCCCGCUUUGCGAGCGAGGUGACGAUCAUUCAUCGCCGCAACGCGCUACGUGCGAGCAAAGCCAUGCAAAAGCGCGCACAAAACCAUCCAAAAAUCAACUUUUUAUACAAUUCAAAAGUGGUCGAGUACAAAGGCGACAAAUCCUUGGAGUCCAUUGUUGUAGAGAACGUCUUGACUGGAGAACGCUCGGAGUUACCAGUCGGCGGCUUGUUUAUGGCCAUCGGACAUGAACCGGCCACCAAACACCUGAAAAACACGAGCAUCACGCUGGACGAGCUCGGCAACAUCAAAACGAAAAAUCACGUCGAAACCAACAUCGAAGGCAUUUUCGCCGCGGGAGACGUCCACGACGUCCACUACAGACAAGCAAUCACGGCCUGCGGGUUUGGGUGUAUGGCUGCAAUCUCCUCCGAGCGUUGGGUCACAGAAAAACUGUCAAAACUAGAGACGUUGUGACCGCGCACCGAAAGAGAAGUACAUGUAAAGAGAGCAGUGUCGCGUAGCGCGUUUCCUGCUCGCAAGCAAGUAGUUGUAUAAGAGCAGUGUUUACAUAAACACUGAUACGAUUGAGAAGAAGACACGUCAAAAAUAUAAUUUAUUUAUUUGUUUUCAGUUUUGAAGCCGCUAGUAGAAGAGUUGGGCGAGGGAAAGGGGCGCUCUCCCAGUAUCUCGACCAUAUCGGCGCUAGAAAUGACUUCUUUUUUCAGCAAGAGCUGAGCAAGAGAAUCGAGCUUGUCUCGCCGGCUCUUGAGCAAUUCUACAGCGCGCUCGUAUGCCGAAGACACGAGCCGGCGAACUUCUUCGUCAAUCAACCUGGAAGUAUCGUCCGAAUACAGACGAUGAGAGUAGGGUGCUUCGCUCGUGUUUGGUUUAAAUGAAACAAGGCCGAUAACUUUCGAGAAUCCAUAUCGAGUCAACAUUUCGUGGGCCAUAUUGGUUACUUUGUUCAGGUCAUCCUGGGCCCCUGUAGACAACUGGUUGAAUACAAUGCUCUCCGCAGCGCGUCCACCUAAGAUCAUACACAUAUUGUCCAACAUUUCUAGCUCUGACGUCAAAUAUCGCUCUUGCUUUUGGUACUGCGAAUAUCCCAACGCGGCUGUUCCGCGCGGAACUAUGCUCACCUUCAACAGUGGAUUGGUGUGUUCCAGUAUCCACCCAAUGAUGGCAUGCCCUGAUUCGUGGUAGGCAAUUGUGUUUUUUUCGCCUGCUUGCAAAACUUUGGUCUUUCGUUCUAAACCACCGAUAAUUCGCUCAAUCGCCGCUUCCAAAUCUUCUAUUUCUACAGAAUCUUUGUUUUUUCGCGCGGCGAUCAGGGCCCCUUCGUUGCACACGCUCGCGAUGUCCGCGCCCACGAAUCCGACUGUCAAAUCUGCCAAGCGCUCGACGACCUCUUCCGCGGGGACUGCCAACUUAAUAGGCUUAAGAUGAACGCGAAAAAUGUCUAUGCGACCUGCUCUGGUCGGCGCAUCGAUGUUGAUUAUUCUGUCAAAGCGCCCGGGCCUCAACAGAGCCUUGUCAAGAACGUCUACACGAUUUGUACCGGCAAUCACGAUAAUAUUUGAGGUACUGCUAAAUCCGUCCAUCUCGACCAACAACUGGUUAAGCGUGUUUUCGCGCUCGUCGUUGUGAAACGUAGACGUCCUCGAGCGCCCAACUGCGUCGAUCUCAUCAAUAAAAAUGAUACACGGUGCCUUCUUCCUUGCCUGGCCAAAAAGCUGGCGAAUUCUCAUCGGACCAACACCCACGUACAUUUCGACGAAAUCGGAACCAGAAGUCGAGAAAAACGGCACGCCCGCUUCUCCCGCCGUGGCCUUUGCCAACAGAGUUUUCCCUGUCCCAGGUAAUCCUGUCAGCAAAGCUCCCUUAGGAAUUCUGCCUCCCAACCUCGUAAAUUUCUCUGGGUGCUUGAGGAAUGAAACAAACUCUACCACUUCGUCCUUGGCAUCUUCCAGUCCCGCCACGUCGCUAAAUCUCACUUUCGGCUUCGUUUCUGCCGUGAUGAGCGACGAUCUGCGAGCGGUGGUGCCCGGUGGAUCGAAAAUAUUAUUCCCAGGGGCUCUAGUUGAUCUCCAAAGAGCAACGGAGAGACCAAUUAUUAGAACUGUAGGGAUAAUUGAGCGAACGGUAGACCAGAAUCUGCCUGGAUAUUUAUACACGACCGGUACAAAAUCUUCUUCUUUGAUGUUACACUCAAUUUCUGCCUGCCUUAAUCUGCGUUCAAACGAGUCCGGAUGCCCAAUUCGCAUAUAAUAUGCCGGAAUCGCACUGUUGGUGAAUAUGUGAGCUAUAUCGUUAACGAUCACCAGUUUUUGUACCCUGUGACCCUCUAAGAACUUGGUACGAAAUAUAAAAAAAUCGAUUUCAGUUUC